AUGCCGCGGAUGCCGCUACUUUUGCUGGUGAUCGCCGCCGCGCGGGCCGCCAAUGUUUUCCUCAUCGCAGAUACUGCGAACCAAACGCGAGCUAUAUCGGAGGCUCUCAACGAGACGAUCUUACACGCGACCUACACAGACCUCGGUGCAUCUAACGACACGUUAACUGAUGGGGAUCAUGAGCCGGUCGUACGGAAAAAACGAACAUUCAGCGACAUCGUGUUCCGCGGUCUAGCAGAUGUACUUGGCUAUAACGUAGCCCGUAAGCCACCCCAAGCUUUUCAGUUUCCGCCACCUCUUGCGCCUAUCCCAGGAAUAGACUCACCUGCACAAGCAGGGCCUGCACCAGCACCGACGGCGCCUCCAGCGCCACCAUGUGCAUCUCCUCGGGCUGCGGCACCUCCACCCUGUCGAGCGCGACCACCACCGGCUCAACCAAAAGCACCGCCACCCUGUGCAAAGCCUCGAGCCGCAGUACCACGUCCCAAGCCUACUAAACCACCAGCACUCCCACCCCCUUGUGGAACACCUAAAGCUAACCCCACUACACCAGCCCCAUGUUCUCCUGCCCCACAACCAAAAGCUGACUCCAAUCUAGAAACGAUCAAUACAAACUUUCGCCUCAACUUUAACUUUAACCGAGCACAAGCGACGCCCUCUCCCGUCGGCGAAGAAGUAGGUGUUGCAGACGAAGAUGUAUUGUCAGAGCAGACUCCCGCCAAUCCCAUUGUCAUCCAACCCCGUGCAGCUAAACUGCCUCCACCCGCCCCCAGAAAUCCACGGGUUUACGUAGAUGCUUUUGUACUUCGAGAUGGCGUUGCCCAAAGAGUACACACUGUAGAUGCGCAAAACAUUAACAGAGCACAAGCUGCAGAUGAUGACUAUCUUUUUUAUGUGGAUGACGAGCCUACUACUCAGCAGGGUCGUCAAGACUCAUACGACGACUACGAAGAUGUUCAGGAUUCUAGCGAUCGUUCAAGUGCUCUACGUGAUGUUGGAAAGGCAGUAGACCAGUUUUGGAUGCAAAAACCAAAAUCAAAUCAGAAAUUAUCCGCGAAUGACUACAGAAGAGUUCAUUUUGGCGACCGCGACGUAGGUAACCGACCUAUAAAUGAUAGUGACGAUUAUUUACCAAAACCAAAACGAAAUAGAUCAAAACCGAAACGCAUUACUACACCUACAGAUAAUGACUUAGAAGAAGAGAGUGAAGUGACCACAACGACUCAAAAUCCACGACGAAAACUGAAGCCACGAGUGUUGCCGCCUACAGAACAUAACCCCAACCAGAUUGAUACGAUAACAGUACGGGUUCCACCGAUCUAUAAAGAAAAACGUCCUAAAAAACUACAUAGAGAAAUACCCGAGAAACCGGAUCGUGAUGACAACGAUUUUGAAGAAUCUCCUCGAGAAUAUGAGGAAGAUGCUGAGAGUGAACAGAGCAUUCAGAUAGAUCAAACUGAGGCGCCAAAACGCAAACGACGACGAAAGAAAUCCAGGCGAGUGAGAUCGACUUACAAUAAAGAGUACAGUGCGGGAGACUACGACUAUUAUGGCAAACAAAUUCCUAUUUCGGAAGAGGAGGAACACUUUAAAACGUUGACAGUGCCCCCUCCUACCAGAGAUGCGGAUGUAGCACGCUUAGAGGACGCUGAAGACGAAGGUCAUUUUCUUGAUGACCAUGAGCGGCUUCGUGAGGAUUCUGAACGCAUUAAUGAAAAGAAACCAAGCGGAAAAGAUGAGGAUGAAAGUGAGAGAUCUGAUGAUUCCGAGAGAUCUGAUGACAACGAACGGUCUGAUGAUGAAUCGGAACGGGCAGGGGAAACUGAGCGUGCCGAUGAAAGUGAAAAGACGGACAAGUUGAGCCCUAAUGCGCGAGUCCGAGAGACAGGGUACAACAACAUGUACGUAAGGGCCCACAACGUUCGAGUAGACCGACCGCGACCUCACAAAGCGCGCCGAAGCACCACUCUGUAA